AUGGCCAAUCAAGAAGUUAUUCAGCCAAUGCUGCGCCAAGAUGGUGCAGUAAAUGAAUCAACACAUUUGCUGGAUACUGCGCCUCCCAACGAGCCUUACUCCGAGUUCACGUCUGCCCAAAAACGCGUCAUUAUUUUAACUGCAGCUCUGGCAUCGAGCUUUUCACCUCUAUCUGCUAAUAUCUACUACCCUGAGUUGGUUUCAAUCGCGAAAGACUUGCAAGUCGGCGCCUCUCAAAUCAAUUUGACGAUCACUACAUACAUGAGGAACUAUUUCAUAUUACUGACAGCUGGCACAAAGAUAUGUCAAGGUCUCGCUCCGAUACUAACAGGAUCAUUUGCAGACCAGGCAGGUCGUAGACCAGCAUAUAUUGUUUGCUUUGCGAUAUAUAUCUUCGGCAACAUUGCACUUGCUUUACAGCACAGUUUCCCCGCAUUGCUCGCUCUUCGUGCUCUCCAAAGCUGUAGCAGUAGUGGAACUGUGGCCCUUGCGUCUGCAGUGGCGGCCGAUAUCAUCACUUCUACUGAAAGAGGCUUGUCUAUGGGAAUCACAUCACUAGGAAAAAUCCUAGCUCCAUCUAUUGGUCCAAUCCUGGGAGGUGUUUUGAGUAAAUAUUUUGGCUGGCAAGCAAUCUUUUGGUUUCUUGCAAUCGCAGCUGGGACAAUUUGUGUGCCUCUACUGUGUUUCUUUCCCGAAACCUGCCGUCGCAUUGUCGGCAAUGGAUCUAGUCCCCUGAUCAAUGCGGAAUUACUUGCAGAAUCCCACUUCAAGUACCGCAAUAUCUUCCAGUGUGCUGAGGUGUCGCGUGAAAAUCCCAAAUCCAUGCUCAACUCUACGUCUGCUUACCCACCGACCUGUGGGACUGCUACUACGCCAUCACAGCUGGAAUUCCAGCCCUAUCCAAAAAAUAAUGUGAUCUCGACGAUCUGGGCAUUGGAUUUUGCUUUAUCCCCGCGGGUCAAACGACACACAGAAACCAGAAGCAGAACAUCAUUGAAUUUUCUAUUGAGAAAGCAAGGUUGCAAAUUGGAUUGCCAAUGGCAGUAUGCUGCUUCCAGAAACGAGAAUCUGGGGACGUAUGAGCUGACUCUUCUUUCCUCUUUUAGAUACUUGCAUGCACUUCGAUUGCCAUAUAAGGUGUGCUCAUGCCUCUGGAACCACCCCUGUUCGUCGCCACUGUUGGUCAUUUUCGUAAUUUGCUUCUGUAUUACGGGGGCUUACAGCGUGAUGAACAUAUUGAUUUUGGAUCUGUACUACGAUACGCCCGCCACCGCAAUGGCUGCCAGUAAUCUAGUCCGGUGUUUCUUGGGCGCUGGUGCUGCAGCUGUGGUGAAUCUCCUAAUCAACAAUUUUGGUAUGCAAUGGACGUACGGUCUCGUAGCAGGAGCAAUGGCCUUAGUGACUUCCCUUCUAAUCGUCGUUUACUCGAAGGGCUGGCAAUGGCACAAGAAGCAAGCGGAUCAAGAAACUACCAUACCGCCAGAGAUUGGUACCCUUGACCUUGAAUGCAGCAAAAAAUAUAUAGUCUUCUUCAUCGAUGUUGAUGUUAUCUUACCUGGAACAAACAUCCAGUCAGUCAUUUUACAUUGGUACCAUUCAAACCUUUCGAUGGAUUGCACAAGGACCCAUCAUCCUUUUUUCAUCAUUCCAAGUGAAGGCCAUGAGGAUGACAGUCAUGCUGCAACUUCGUACAUAGCCCCUCGUGCACCCCCAAAUACCCAUCACCGUUACGUCUUUCUCCUUUUUGCGCAACAUUCUCAGUAUGAAUUUCCUGAAUGCUUCGCACAUGUGUUCCCAGAGACUGUUAGCGCCCGGUCCGGCUUUGAUAUCAGAAAGUUUGUUCAAGUCACAGGGCUUGAUCCACCCAUUGCGAUAAAUUAUUUCUUCGGCCGACAUGAACCGGCCGACGGAGAGUCAACCACUGUGCCUCUCACUGCAACGACAACAUCCUUCUAUUCUGUGAAUUGUCCUACGAGCGCAACUAGUUUGUUAAACUGA